UUCUAUCCAUGGAUGGGUAUUGUAGGUCCUAAUUCAGCACAGAGACGCCGUGGACGACAAACCUACAGUAGAUAUCAAACCCUCGAAUUAGAAAAGGAAUUUCAGUUUAAUCACUAUCUCACGAGAAAGAGACGGAUUGAAAUAGCUCAUACGUUAUGUUUGACAGAGCGACAAAUAAAAAUAUGGUUUCAAAAUAGAAGAAUGAAGAUGAAAAAGGAAAGACAGGCUAUAAAAGAUAUAAACGGGGAUCCAAAAUUAAAUGACAGCGCCUCGGACAUUGGGGAGGAUACAAACGAGAAUUCGAGUUGAAACCACGUGACUCAUUAAAAUUCAAAAUGGAAGUUUCAAUAAGUAAACAAACGGGUCUGGUGAAAUGAUGGUGUCAAUUCUCCUCUAUAUUUUAUCACCAAUGGUAAAUGGUUUCUAACGGUUUCAAAAUAUCAAAUGGGUAAAUAUCAUAUAGGCCAAGUGUUUACUCGAACAAUGACUUAUUACGGGUAACUAACAUUUCAAAACGAGAAGAGGUGACGAGAACAGAAACCUCGUCAUCCUCGUGGUCACUAACAGUAUUUCUGGUCCGAAUUUAACCGUAUGUAAGGCGAGGAUAAGAUGAACUUAUGUUCUUGUGGUGUGGUCAACUUUAAUUUUGUUAUAAUGUGAUGCUUGUGCUAUAUCAAAACGAGAACCUUCGUGACUUUGUGCUAAAAUGUGAAUUAAUCCGAGUUUAUUUUCGAGAUUUACGAAUUCCUCUUCUAUGUAAUAUGUAAAAUAUCUGGGAUGUAUUCUGAAAAUGACAAUAAAACUCAAAUUUGGUAUCGGGUUUUGAUUACAGAUUUUACGUAUUAUCUUUUUGAACUACAUAUAAUUCUAUGAUUAUGAUCUGAAUUUUUUACAUAGAAAAGUGUCCGAAUCUCUAUGAUGAUGAUGAUGAAAGUGCUUCUAAAACUAUCCGCCCCAGAAAAGUUACAUACUGAGUAUAUCCUUUGAUGUACGAAGAAAAAAACGAGAGAUUUUAUUUAUUAAUUAUGUGUUAUCAUAGAAUGGUGUCAAGUCAUUCUUUUUUGUUAUUUUGUCGUUCAUUUCUGUUUGAUUUUAUUUUUAUUUUAACCUUAAAAAUAAAUCUAAAUUCCAUGUUC